UACAUUGGAUGGAUGUGUAAAGGUUUACACUUCACGCGUUGAUUCUGUAGCAACAGAAACAGGAAAACUUUUAAGUGGAUUGUUAAAUAGCUCCAAAAAUAACGAUGAGAACGAUCGAGACGAUGAUGUUGAUCUCGAAAGGCGUACUCGCAAAAAGGAAGAUUAUAACCAACCAAAAAUUGACAUUACCAAACAUCGUUGUGGCAAUGUUUCUCUCAGAACUCUAACAAAUAUUCAACAAGGAGAUUUGUCCUUCAUUGAAGGAUUUAAUUUUUCAGGAGAUAACAAUCUAGGCUUUGAUUAUAAUGAUGAUGAUGAUGGAAUUGAUAGGGAAGAUGUUGAAUUUAAUAGAAAUGACGAUGAUGAAGGAGUUGAUAGAAACGACCAUGAUGAAGG